CGUCCACUUACUGUACUAUACUUGGAAGUCAUUAGGCUUGGUGCCUUUGAUUUGAUAUCCAACGUCGCCAUACACCAAAAUGACAGCCACGGAAGCCGUAUUCGCGACCUUCGAGCUCCUCGAAACCAUCCUCCUCUCCCUUCCACCCCUCGACAUUCUCCAUAACCUCGCCAUCUCCCGCACCUGGCACCAAACCAUCCUCUCAUCCCCCCCCCUCAAACAACGCCUUUUCCUUGCCCCCGCCCCUUUAGACACGCCAUGGACACAGAACCCCAUCCUCGCCGCCAAGUUUUGGCCUAUCUUCCACGACAUUAACCGCACCGGCGACCUCGCCGAGAAGUUUCAUGAUGAGUGCUCGGGCCCUAGCUUGAAUUUUCAUAUCGCGCCCCCUCUACGGUAUCUGACGGGGGGGACACCGCCCGAGGAAACGAUGGAGGCCUUCACUCCUGCGGACUGGGAGGCGUAUUGUCGGCCUGAGGCGAGUUGGCGCAGGAUGCUCGCUAUGCAGCCGCCUGUUCCCAUACUCCGGAUUUUGCAAUAUGGGUUUCACCAGGAGAGCGAAGAGGAGACUCGGCAGAGAGGGGGUCCGAGGAAGGUGACGCAGCUGUCACAAGGGCGGAAGGCAGAUGGGACGGCUCCGGGGGUGAUGCAGUGGGAUGUGUGGGAUGCAGUGGAUGCUAUUGGUGGUGAGGAUGAUGGCAGCCAGUGGGACGAAGGUAUUUACUUGAUUGACGGGGAGGAGGAUACGGAGAGGUAUACACUGGUAUACGUGGAUUGGUGGAUGGAUAGAAAUGCCCCAGCGAUAAACAAUGGCCGGCAAGGGGAUGGCUCAUAGCAUAGCUACGAAGUUGGCCGGCAACUAACCUACCA